CGCGAUGGAGCCGCGCGCUCGUGUAUUCAUGUGCGUCCUCAGCAUGGAAAACUAUGGCCUGAACUGUGUGCCCACACUUAAAUAUUAAUGGAUCUUCGACAAAUAAUUUCUGUGCAAUUUCUGCUGCUGAUUUCUGCAUUAGCGGACUCCGACAACGAAUAUGUCGAUAAUGGAGAUACCAACGUUGACUCCAACUCUUACAAUAAUGAAACGUUGGUCUUGCUUAAAAUAAACCGCCGCAUCAACAUAGAACGGACCUGCAACAACAGGCUAGAACAGCAGCGAGCCCAGAACCCUUCGUGGGGCAUUGGGAAUGGCGGGUGGUCAACGCAGCUUUUUUUCACUAUUACGCCGCCCGUUUUCUUCUCGCGAACAUUCACACCAACAGUUUUCAUCCCCACAACACCAGGCCUCUACAUUCCUCUCUCUACAAUUUUUAUAAAGACAAAAAAGCCUAAAACGAAAAAGACGACAACGCCGAAACCCGUAAAAGGGAAAACAACCACUGAGGCGACGACGAAAUCUGAAGACACAACGUCCGAAGAAACAACGUCAGUUACUUCGGAGGAAACAACCACGGUAGAGGCGGCCACUCCUGGCCCUUGCACACAGAUUAACUGUCCCAGUUACAAUUGCACCAAAGAUAAUGGAAAGUCGAUUCCUCCGCUCUUCAGCAACAAUGGCACUCAGUUUUUAGCAGCUCCGUCUCCAAACGGUCAACUCAGAAUAACUUGUGGACAAUUGUGGCUUUUUUCCACAAACCUGAAAAACUACACAGACGCAGCAUCGACUUGCUGCUCUAUGAGCAUGACUUUGGCCACUUUGAAGAACAGCACGGAAAUCAAUUGCCUUUCUGAAAUGGCUAAAUACGAUCAAUUUUUUACGGAUCAACCUCGGCUUUUCUGGACUUCGGGGGCAUCAUUUUCGUGCAACUACUCUUGGUGCCCGUCGAAUGAGACGAUUUCCCCAAACACCAACAUCUGGAUGUCCGGUUUUCCAAAAAGUUCCUUUGCCACCCCACCGAACCAAGACUGCGUUCGGGCGCUGAUUGACAAGGGAAAGCUUUCCUUGAACACCGACUACUGUUCCGCGCUGAAUUAUUACAUCUGCAAAGGUCCAGUGAGUCUGAUCGAAAACCAGGCCCUAGUGAGCUCGUGGCCCACAACCCCCGCCGCCUCCACAACGCCCAUCGCAACGACGACUACUGUCGCCCCAUGCGUGACACAAAAGUGUCCUGAGGCUAUGUGUAAAAGAGACACAAAUAGCUCGGUGUUUAUAAACAACGCAGGGCAAUUUUUAACAGUCCCCGCAGCAAAUGGUCAGCUGAAGAUAUCUUGUGGACGGCUUUACUUGUUUUCAACCAAUGUGAAAAGUUUGCCAGACGCGAUAUCGACGUGCUGCUCUAUGGGAAUGACGUUGGCGACUUUUGGUGACGUAGCAAAGCAAAAUUGCGUUAACGACCUUGCAAACUUUGACCCGGACUUUGCCGUUUCUCGUCAGUUGUGGACUUCAGGGGCCACUUCUUUUUGCAGCCUUCGUUGGUGCACGACCAACAUCAACGUGUCCAACGUGAACUGGAUGGCAAACUACCCGAAACCGGUCGCGCCUGCACCACCUGACCAGGACUGCCUGCGAUUGGUUUUAGGAAAGGGGGUCUCACUUUAUAACACGGACUCAUGCAAUAAUGUGAACAAUUAUGCUUGCGAGGGAGACAUCAGCCUUUUGCAGAGUACAGGGCAGGUGACAAACUGGCCUACGACAGGACCGACGAUCACAACCGUCCCACCCUGUCCUGUUGUUUGUCCUUCAUUCCAGUGCGCGAAAAAUCCGGCAUACUUCAUUGCAAACAACUCUGUAAUUAAUGUGGCACCAAAUUUCGGGAUUUUAAAAGAAACCUGCGGGAAGUUGUAUCUUUUCAGUAGAGCAUCUGUUUCUCAAACAGAGGCAAGUGUGGCCUGUUGCGAAAUAGGGAUGUCGCUGUUGUCUUUGGAUAACAAAGCUGAACAGGAUUGCCUGCAUAACUUAAACAAUGUCGACAUGAUGUAUUCGCCACGAGCAUUCUGGACUUCGGGAAGUCAGCGAGGUUGUCCAUUGAAAUCAUUCAAGUGGUGCUCGACAAAUGAGUCUUGGGAUCCUGGUACCCUGCAGUGGGCACCAGGCCAGCCCAACUACGCCAACGGAGUGCAGGAUUGCAUUCAGCUCACCAUGAACCCUGGCGCGACAACCAAUACCGUGCUCAACGACGAGUCCUGCUUCACACCUUUCAACUUCAUUUGCAAGGGGUCACCAAGCCUCCUUGGUACUGGCACCACUACAGCAGCACCACUGACGUGUAAUGCUUCAUGCCAGUACAUGAGCUGUGAAAAAGACCCCUCUUUGUACACACCAGAUGGACGAUAUCUCUCAGUCAAAAACGAAACUGGCAUAGUCAAAGCAGUCUGCGGACGAUCAAUUAUAUAUGGAAAUGAAUUAAAAUCAUACCAAGAUGCAAUGAGAUUUUGCUGUCAAGCACAAAUGAAAUUGCUCAGUUUUGAAACCUUUGACAAGUGGAGCUGUUUCUCAUCAGAAAUGAUUGGUCGGAAAUUCUGGGUUUCCGCCACCACCCGGAAUUGUCCUCGAAACUAUCGGUGGUGCUUGGAGAACCAGAUGUCUUAUGUGGGAGUAAACGAUAGCUUUUGGCGUCCGGGACAGCCCCAGGACGGAGGAAUUCUGGAAUGCACUCAGGUCAACCUGACCAUCACGGCGCAGAACUUUCUCAACGACGAAUCUUGCAUUUCAAUGGCGUACGCAGCUUGUGAGGGCAGUCCAACGCUCUUGUCUUGGUACGUGACCACGACGCCUGCACCAACGCAAGAUCCAAAUAACUGUUCCCCAGUAUGCCCUGCGCUGGUGUGCGAAAGAAAUCCAACGAACUACACGCGGGAUGGAAAAUUCAUUAAUGACACUACAAUGUCAGGCUUUUUUAAAGAAACGUGUGGCAAACUUUACUUCUUCAGUUCAUAUCAAGCAAGUCAUUUUGAAGCUUACAAAGCAUGCUGCGACUUGGGUUUGCGAUUGGUGAGCGUGGAAGAUCAGUUCAUGCACCAGUGUUUGGUCGAUCUAAAUAAUGCCCAGACAAAGUACACCGACAAGGUGUUUUGGACUUCAGGUAGUGACAAAGGAUGCCCGUUUAAAUUUAAAUGGUGUUCGACGGGCUCUUGGUUUUCCAACGUCACGGUCAACUGGCUACCAGGACAGCCGAACGACGCCUACGGUGUGCAAGAUUGCGUCCAGUUGACGCUCAGUGUCGGCUCGUGGAUGAAUAGUGCCUACAAUGACGACCCUUGCUCCUUCACCUACUCUUUCAUUUGCGAGGGUGACCGUGCUCUGUACAAAGAUAGCUCAUUUUACCAAACAACGUCGACUUCAACAACCACGACAGCAUCACCCGCAACAAUUACAACUCCCUAUAGUCCCUUCAAUUGCGACACAAUUUGUCCUUCGUUCACUUGCGAAAGAGAUCCCUUCAUAUUCAGUUCAGAUGGAAGAUAUUUAAACGCUUCUCGAAUUUCGGGUGAAGUUCGCGAAACUUGUGGCAAGUUGUACUACUUCAGUCAAACUCAAGAAACGUAUGCAGACGCGGCUUCCACUUGUUGCGACAUGGGCAUGAGUUUGCUCUCGGUUGAGUCAAACGCUGAGCACCAGUGUUUGGUCAACACGAACACAUUCAACACCCGAUACGUGAACAAAAUUUUCUGGACUUCUGGCAGUCAACGCGGGUGUCCCUUCAACUUCCAGUGGUGCACUGCACCCGUAAAAAUGUCUUUCACGUCCACUUCUAUCGCCUGGCUUCCCGGUCAACCAAAUAACUUGAAUGGCGUGCAGGACUGUGUCCAACUGACCCUAAACGCGGUCAACAUAAGCAGCAAUGGAUAUAAUGACGAACCAUGCGCCUACGCCAAUUAUUACAUUUGCGAGGGCGAUACCAAUUUGUUGUGGAAGGCCACGACAGUCUCUACCUCAACGACAACCUCAGCACCAACAACUUUGACCACCACUCCGGUGUGCAACGCUGUUUGCCCGCAAACAAAUUGUGAUAAAGACGCAAAAAUGUUCACUCCAGAUGGAAAAUACUUGAGUGAUUAUGUGACCACCUCAAAUACAGUCGGAAUUUUGGCUGAAACUUGUGGCAGGAUUUACUAUUUCGGCACCAAAUUGGUCUCAUCUUCCGAAGCAAACGCAAUUUGCUGCUCAAUGGGAAUGACCGCUGUUGCAGUGGAAACUUUUGACGAGAACAAAUGCAUCGCGGAAGUUUAUGGUACAUUGGGCCUGCCGACCAGAAUCUACUGGACGUCGGCCAGUCAGAAAGGAUGCAAUCUUUCCUUCAAAUGGUGCUCGUCAAACAUCACUUUUGGUCGGACUUCCAUAAAUUGGUUGCAAGGACAGCCGAACAAUUUGUACGGGGUUCAAGAUUGCGUCCAAAUGUCUCUGACGCAGGGCACUUCUGCAUCCGCGACCUUCAAUGAUGAUCCGUGUUCUUACUCUUACUAUUACACUUGCGAGGGUUCCCCAGCAUUAUUAUGGAAAAACAGCAACACAACAACAACAACCACAGUUGCUCCGUGUGUGGCAAGCUGUCCUCAAGUUAACUGCGACAGAGACUUCCGAGUUUUUACGUCUGACGGAAAAUAUUUAAACGAGCAAGCUUUGUCAGCUUCUGGCGUAUUGAGUCAAAGUUGUGGAAAACUUUAUUUCUACGGAAACAGGAUGGUCAGCGCCAGUGACGCCAACUACUACUGUUGCACAAUGGGAAUGACUUCCGUCGCCGUGGAAACUGGCGAGGAAAAUAAAUGCAUUGCCACUAGUUAUUCUCAAACUGGUCUUCCGAGUCGGUUUUACUGGACUUCAGCCAGCCAGAAGGGUUGCAAUUUGUACUUCAAGUGGUGCUCUUCGAACAUCACUUUCGGACCAACCUCCAUUAAUUGGCUCCAGGGUCAGCCGAACAACCUGAACGGAGUGCAGGAUUGCGUUCAAAUGACCCUGGCGGCUUCCAACACCCCACUGGCCUCCUUCAACGACGACCCUUGCACUUACGCCUACUACUAUUUGUGCGAGGGCAGUCUAUCACUACUGCAAAGGAGCGAAAAUCUUGAACAAUCGACCACACCUUCAACUCAAUCAAACUGCGCUGCUACUUGUCCAUCAGUUUUUUGUGAAAAAGAUCCUUCCUUAUACACAUCUGAUGGGAAAUUUCUCGCAGUUCCAUCGCCAAUUGGAGUGGUCAAAGAAGCCUGUGGGAAAGUUUACUUAUUUUCAUACAUACAGGUGACCCAAAGUGAUGCUGCAACAAUCUGCUGCGAAGCUGGAAUGAAUUUGGUAUCGAUCGAGACAUUUGCAGAGCACGAGUGCUUAACUCAGCUUAAUAACGUUGACAUGCGCUACUCGAGCAAAAUGCACUGGACCUCCGGCAAUCAGAAGGGGUGUCCGUUCAACUUCCGUUGGUGCCCCUCGAACAACACUUUCUCAAACUCGAGCAUCAACUGGCUGGCUGGACAACCCAACAAUCUGAACGGCAUCCAAGAUUGCGUGCAGCUGUUGCUGACCACCGGUGUGUGGACGGCGAGCGCGUUCAUCGACGAGGCGUGCACUUACUCUAAUUACUUCAUCUGCGAGGCUGAUCGGACCGUCCUGCAAAGUUACGCCUCCACGACCCCUCAGCCUACGUUGGUGACCACCACUGCCAAUCCAGCAAUGGUCACCAGCUGCCUGCCCAGUUGCCCGUCAUUCAUCUGCGAUAGAGACCCCACGUUUUUCACUGCUGAUGGACAGUUCUUAGCUGUUCCACCAGGAAUUGGUUCAGUGCAGGAAAUUUGUGGAAACUUAUACUUCUUUAGUACUAAUCAGCUUUCAUAUGCAAACGCUGGCGCUGCCUGUUGUGAUUUGGGGAUGUCUCUGGUCAGUGUUGAAAGCUGGAAUGAGCACAUGUGUCUCACCGAUUUGAAUAAUGCCAAUAUGAAAAUAAACGGCCGUUCGUACUGGACGUCAGGAAGUCAACAAAGCUGCCCUUUCAACUUCAAAUGGUGCACCUCACCAAACAACACGUUCUUCUACAACUCGUCCAUAAACUGGUUGGCCGGACAACCCAACAACGCUUUCAACGCGCAGGGCUGCGUUCAGAUGACCCUGGCAACAGGACCGGCGACGUCAACCACUUAUGACGAUCAGCCGUGCUCUUUUGUCAAUUAUUUCAUUUGCGAGGGCAGUCGGCUGCUUUUACAAGCAAACGCAAACAGAACCACGGUUUCGCCAACAACCACAACCGCCAGUCCUUCCACUUCAUGUUUACCAAAGUGUCCAUCUUACGCUUGCAAUCGAAAUCCCACUUAUUUUACACCAGAUGGUCUAUUUUUAAAUGUUCAAUCGUCAACUGGAAUUUUGCGCGACACGUGUGGAAAAGUGUACUUCUUUGGAAACAACUUUCUAGACUAUACGACCGCCGCCUCAACUUGCUGCGAAAUGGGUAUGGUGCUGUUGAGCGUGGAAACGUCCACCGAGCACCAGUGUCUGUCAAAUCUGAACAACGUUGACAUGUUGUGGAGCAGACGGAAUUUUUGGACUGCGGGCAGCGACUUGAACUGCCCAUUCAACUUCAAAUGGUGCACCUCGCCGAACAACAACUCGUAUUUCCAAAACACGACCAUCAACUGGGCAACAGGGCAGCCCAACAACGCGUUCGGACAGCAGUAUUGUGUUCAGCUCUCGCUUGCGACUGGAUUUGCUACGGCCAGCACGUACGACGAUCAGCCGUGCAAUUUCCUCACCUACUUCGCGUGCGAGGGUGACCUUACGUUGCUGCAAAAGUAUGGGCAAAACUUGACAACCACUACAAUAGCUCCAACUACCACCUGCAAACCAAAAUGUCCUAGUUAUCAAUGCGAGCGUGAUCCUUCACUUUUCACAACUGACGGGAGAUUCCUCAACGUUCCUACAGAGUUCGGUAUUUUGAGACAAAGUUGCGGGAGAUUGUAUUUCUUUUCAAAAAUUCAGGACUCCUUUGUAAAUUCCGCGGCGUCUUGUUGCGAUCUAGGAAUGUCCCUCCUCAGUGUUGAGACCCAAUACGAGCACCAAUGCCUGACCGACCUGAACAACCAGGACAUGAAGUUCUCGAACAAAUAUCACUGGACUGCAGGCAGCGACACUGGCUGCCCUUUCAACUUUUUUUGGUGCACAACAAACGUGGCCGUUCCGUCCAUCAACUGGAUGGCCGGACAGCCCAACAAUGCUUUCGGCCUCCAAGACUGCAUUCAACUGGCGCUGACCACAGGCACAGCCUUGACCAGCACAUACGACGACCAGCCGUGCACUUUUGCCAAUUAUUUUAUCUGCGAGGGAGAUCCGAUUCUUUUGUCCAACACCAGCUUGAUCACAACCACGACGCAGCCUCCGACCACCGUUUGUUUGCCUUCUUGCCCAACUUACAUUUGCGAUAGAGAUCCAACAUACUUCACAGCCGACGGGAGAUUUUUAAAUCUUCCUUCAAAUGUUGGAUUUGUACGAGAAACGUGUGGCAAACUCUACUUAUUCAGCACAAUUCAACUUAAUUACGCAGACGCGGCUGCCGCUUGUUGCGACGCGGGAAUGACUCUUUUAUCAGUGGAAACCGCUGCGGAACACGACUGCCUAGUGAAUUUGAACAAUGCUGACAUGCGCUACUCGAACCGAAUCUUUUGGACUUCGGGCAGCGACCAAGCCUGUCCGUUUAAUUUCAAGUGGUGCACGUCGACGUCGUUUUUCUCCAACAACAGCAUCAAUUGGCAACUCGGCCAGCCCAACAACGGCAGGGGUCUGCAAGACUGCGUGCAGGUGACCCUUAACACCGGGUCGUCAGCGCUGACCAAUUAUAAUGACGAGUAUUGUUCUUUCGUCAGCUACUUCAUGUGCGAGGGCGAUCGUUUGCUUUUGCAAAGCAACGCUCCUUCCACAACACCACAACCUACCACGACCACUACGACUGUUCCAACCACUAUUUGCACACCAAAGUGUCCAGCAUACACAUGUGAAAGAGAUCCAUCAUUAUUCUCUGCUGAUGGCAAAUCCCUUGUCAUACCUUCUUCUUAUGGCUUCUUGAAAGAGACUUGUGGACGUCUUUAUUUUAUUGGCAUAACACAGGAGAUUUAUGCAGAUGCCUUGUCCUACUGUUGCGACUAUGGCAUGACCUUGUUGAGUGUGGAGUCGAGUGCUGAGCACCAGUGUCUAUCAGAUUUGAAUAAUGGUGACGCGAGCAUGAAGUACUCGAACCGCAUUUUUUGGACUUCGGGAAGCGACCAGAACUGCGCUUUCAACUUUCGAUGGUGCUCGACUGGUGGAUUUUUCGGCAACUCGUCACUUAACUGGGCCUCCGGACAGCCCAACAACGGCAGAGGUAUUCAAGAUUGCGUCCAACUUACGCUGAACACCGGCGUGGCCACCAACAGCGUCUACAACGACGAGUCCUGCUCAUUUGUCAGCUACUACAUUUGCGAAGGUGACCGGGCGUUGUUGACAAAUGCAAAUUCGGUGACGUCUAUUACAUCCACUACGACUACCACUUCAACCACCACAAGACCGUGCACGUCUCCAGUUUGUGCGAGCAAUUUUGUGUGUGAUAAAGACCCGACACUUUUCACAUCUGAUGGAAGAUAUUUAAAUGUUCCAAUUUCAGUUGGAUAUUUGAAGGAAAUAUGUGGAAAACUUUAUAUGUUCAGUACAACCCAAGCUACAUUUCUAAAUGCCCUUUCUUUAUGUUGCGACGUUUCUAUGGAACUGCUCAGCGUGGAGAGCACUAUUGAACACACAUGCAUCACUGAUAUAAAUAAUAAUGAAUUACGAUUCAAUAACCGAGCACACUGGACGUCCGGGACAGACGCCGGAUGUCCGAUGCGGUUCCAGUGGUGCACUGGAGCCAGACAGACUUUCACAAACACGUCCAUCACCUGGGGUUUUGGGCAGCCGGACAACCAGUUUGGAAUUGAGGAAUGCGUCCAAUGGAAUUUGAACACCGGUGCCUGGACAACUAGCACCUUUUCAGAUGUGCCUUGCAACAACUUUUAUUACUACAUUUGCGAGGGUGACCCAGCGCUUCUCCUAAAGAACGCAGUAACAACAACCUCAACGUCCACGACUACCGCUCCAACAACCACAACAGCGUGUCAAAGUCCUCUUUGCUCGAUUCCUUCUUGCAAUAUAGAUACGAAUUAUGUUAAUGCCGAUGGAAGCUUGAAACCAAUUCCAAGUUCCAUUGGCUAUGUGAAGUAUGCGUGUGGCCGGCGCUAUUUCUUCAGUACCCUUCAAAGAAUAAAAACUGAUGCAGCCCUGAUUUGCUGCGUCCUUGGAAUGAAGCUAGUUAGCAUAGAGACAAAUGCAGAACUGACCUGUCUCUCAAAUUUAAAUAAGGCCGAUGCCAAUUUGAAUUCCAGCCAGUUCUACUUGACUUCAGGCACGGACGAAAAUUGCCCCUACAAAUACACGUGGUGCGGCACGAACACAAAAUUUUCGGACACCGCCUGGUACACGGGUCAACCUGAUAAGUACCUGCCACCUGAAAAUUGCAUCAUUGUCGCUCUGAAUAUUGACACGGCGACACAGAGAGGCUAUAGCGGCCUGCUUGACACUUCUUGCAAUACAAACUUUAAUUUUAUAUGCGAGUAAUUUUUUGCAGUAUUUUGUAAAAUUAAAUAGAGUCGUAAUUUUUUUUUCUGAUCCAACGCAAAUUAAAUUUAUUUCGACCUAACAUUUUCGCGUGACGAUUGAGCCUGACCGCUAGGGUGGCUACGACUAGUGAGAACUGCUUGGCAGGAUGCUGGAAUGGCCCUUCUAGAGGACAGAUCAGAGCCAGCCUAACUCGGUGUGAUUUCCAAAAAUUUGGAGUUUGUGCUUGUUUAGGAAGCCUGUGCGGCGGCCAGCUUCUUCUUCAGGGACUCGGGCAUCUCAGGUGGGGGAGGACGGGGCAUUCGCAGCCAGACCUUGACAGCGUCGUAGAUGAACCAUUGGGCGGCAGUCAGGGUACCGAUCAUCACAAUCCUAGGCGCCAAUCCCUUCCA